UUGUUUAUUUAAAUAUCAAAUAUUAUGUUUUAUCGAGUGUUACUACAAAUUAAUUCAUCAAAUGCAAAUUGUCACUGCGAGACUAUUUUGAACCGGAAAUGAAAAUAAUCCAACAUGGAAAAUUCUGAAAAUUCUUCAGCCGCAAAUAAUUCCGAAAAUGCGCCUGCUGUAGCCAACGGAGCAGCCCCUCCUGCUGCUGGUGCUGAGCAGCAAGGAGUAUCAUGGCAGUCUACCAUCAAGACCCUACUCGUACGAUGUGUGAUCAUCUACUUCAUAUCCAGCAUGUUUCGUGGCAACAAAACACCACCGGCAAAUACUUCACCUAGCCAAACUGGACCAACCACCACCUCAAGCAACUUAUUCCCAAGAGAAGUCCACAUGGACAUGUAUAUGUUUAUAAGCGAGGAUGAAGACCUCAAAAGUUUUGACGUUGAAGAUGCUUGGUGGGUUGAAGAAGAUUUGAUAUAUGGAGAUUGGACAGGUGGCCCGUUUGGUGAUGGAUCAUAUGUCAAAAAAGGUCAAAUUGAGGCGAGCGAGUCACUUAUGAAUAAUGGCUCCAUAUGGCUACAUACAAUGUUUGUGAGAGAUGGAAGAAAACCAAACCCACGAGACAAGAAAUUCACAGUGUACAAAAAGAAAAUGCUGAAUAAAUUCAAGAAACGUAAGUUCCACAAAACUGUUAACUUACUGACGGGGAAAGCAGAUGUCCAUCCUGAUUUGAUACCUAGUGAAAAUGAAACAAGGAAGUCUGAAAUUCUGUCUUUCUGGCAUCCUAACCUGACGAUCAAUAUAGUGGAUGACCAGACCCCCUGGGUGAGAGGCAGUAUCCCGCAACCCUUAGACGACUAUGUGGAGUUUGUCCCGUUAGCAAGCAUGAACAAGUACUACCCCGUGGUCUAUUUCAAUGAGUACUGGAAUCUGAACUUUGACUACAUGCCCAUAAAUGAAACUACCCCCGUGUUGAAUCUGACCUUGACAUUUACUCCAAUUUCACUCUUUAAAUGGCAGAUGUACGCAGCUCAAGGUAUGCGUAACAAAUGGUACAGCAGCAUCCUUGGUGAGGAACAAGCGGAUGAUGAUGAAGAACAGGAUUCUUUGAAGGAAACCCUAGUGGAGACCAACCCCUAUCUAUUGGGCAUGACUAUUAUUGUUUCUCUGAUCCACAGUGUGUUUGAGUUUCUGGCGUUCAAAAAUGAUAUUCAGUUCUGGAAGAAUCGCAAGUCCCUGGAAGGUCUCUCCGUGCGUUCCGUAUUCUUCAACGUGUUCCAGUCUCUAAUUGUUAUGCUCUACGUCCUUGAUAAUGACACUAAUAUGGUGGUGAAAUUCAGCGUGUGUAUAGGUCUUGCCAUUGAGUGCUGGAAGAUCCACAAAGUCAUGAAUGUCUCUAUUGACAACGAGAACAAAGUAUUUGGAGUUCUACCUAGAAUCAAAUUUCAAGAUAAAUCAUCUUACACAGAGUCAGACACCAAAAAGUUUGAUAUGAUUGCAUUCAAAUAUCUCUCAUGGUUGUUUUUCCCACUCCUCGGUUGCUAUGGUAUUUACUCACUGAUGUAUCAUGAACACAAAGGUGUCUAUUCCUAUAUACUUAGUCUCCUCUAUGGCUUCCUAUUAACAUUUGGAUUUAUCGCCAUGACGCCCCAAUUGUUUAUUAACUACAAGAUGAAAUCUGUAGCUCAUUUACCAUGGAGAAUGAUGACCUACAAAGCACUCAAUACCUUUAUAGAUGACAUCUUCGCAUUUGUCAUCAAAAUGCCCACAUUGUAUAGGCUAGGCUGUUUCAGAGAUGAUAUUGUCUUCAUAAUCUUCCUCUACCAGAGAUGGAUUUAUCCAGUUGAUCCCAAACGUAUGAACGAAUUUGGUACCAGCGAAGAAAUGUGGAAAGAACAUGAAACUGGAGCAGUCGCAGAAGGUGAAGGUCAAGGUCAGCUAACUGAAGGUCAAGAGACUAAAGAUGCAACUCCAAAACCGAAAGAAGAAAAGAAGAACGAUUAAUGAUCAACUUGAAUUAAGUUUAUUCGUAGUUUAGCAUUAUAAUCUCUGUGUUGUGGACAGAUGUCACUAUUUAUCAAUUAAAAAGAACAAGGGGUCCAUGGUGGACAAACUUUUUGCAGCUUUUUCACAAUUUUUAUGCGUAGUGAAGAAUUUAAAAAAUAAAGAUAUACAUCAAGUUUAAUGUCAUAGGUAGGAUGGAAAUCAAAUAUUAAAGAUAUACACCAAAUGGAAUGUCAAAAGUUAGAUGAAAAUCAAGUGGUAAUCAAAUAUUAAGGGAAUUCGCCAAAUGGAAUGUCAUUAAUUGUAUGUGAAUCAAUUGGCAAUGAAACAAUUUAUAGAUCCUUUACACCAGGAAAUGUAAGCAAAAUGUAACUGCGAUGUUGAUAUGGUCCCAAUCAGGAAGGUAUUUUAACAAAAACAUUACACCAAUGCUGAAGCAGUGUCAUA